AAGGAAAGAUAAAUCAUAGUUAAUUUUGCUUAGAAUCGAGUGCUAGUUUUGUUAAAGGAAAGAUAAUAUAUUAAAACAACGUGUCAGGCGGAAAGCCGCGAACAGAGUCAACAUGCAGCAAUUUGGGUUAAAGCAGCUCUAAAUAACUGUUUGCCAUUUAGCCACGGGUGACAUCCGAUUUAAAAUCGUGUAGAGAGGAUGGCUAAAAAAACCAAGAAGGGAACUGUUGAUUCUAUAAAUACUCGUUUAGCCCUUGUGUUGAAAAGUGGAAAAGUAGCCUUAGGCUACAAAUCCACAUUAAAGACCAUUCGCACAGGAAAAGCUAAACUUGUUAUCAUCUCAACGAAUUGUCCGGCUUUAAGAAAAUCUGAAAUAGAGUAUUACGCCAUGUUAUCUAAAACUGGUGUUCAUCAUUAUCAUGGAGAUAAUAAUGAACUUGGAACAGCAUGUGGAAAAUUGUUUCGUGUAGGCGUCAUGACGGUAACAGACCCUGGGGAUUCAGACAUCAUUACGACUCUUGAAGCAUGAUUUUUUAUUGUUGAGUUUUUUUUUAAUUGAUCAACAUAAAGAAAACCCCAAUUUCGUCCAAAAAGAUGUUGUACAUAAUUGAUUAAGCGUAAUCUUUAAAAAUUAACAUUUUAAAAAAACAAUUUUAUAGAACAAAUUGAACAUAGUCAUAUAUUUCAACCAUAAUAUGGGGAAAAACAGACUAUAAAAAUUUAU